AUGAAGUUGGACACGAAGGCCAUGCGCCACCUCGCGCCUGAGGAUUGGCGGGUCCUCACAGCAGUAGAAACGGGCUCGAAAAACCACGAGAUCGUCCCGACACCCAUGAUUGACAAGAUUGCCCGCCUGCGCGGUGGCAGCAGCGGCGUGCACAAGUCCAUAUCGAAUCUUGCCAAGGUCGGGCUCAUCGCCCGGGUGAAAGAAGCAAAAUACGACGGCUACCGCCUGACAUACGGCGGGCUGGACUACCUCUCGUUGCACGCCUACUCCUCCAAAAAACAGAUAUACAGCGUGGGCAGCCGGGUAGGUGUAGGCAAGGAGAGCGACAUCAUGAUGGUGGCGGACGACAGAGGGCAGCAGAAAAUAUUGAAAAUACACAGGCUGGGGCGCAUCUCGUUCCGCACGGUCAAGACGAACCGAGAUUAUCUGAAGAAACGGCAAGGCGGCUCGUGGAUGUAUCUGUCAAGAUUGUCGGCCAUGAAAGAGUUCGCCUUCAUGCAGGCUCUGAGGGAGGAGGGGUUCCCAGUACCUGAGCCAAUCGCGCAGUCAAGACACACCAUUCUCAUGUCAUUCAUCGACGAUUCCUACCCAUUACGACAAAUAUCAGCCGUUCCCGACCCAGCAGGCCUGUACGCGGAACUUAUUGCCAUGAUUCUACGGCUAGCAAAACACGGACUGAUUCAUGGCGACUUCAACGAAUUCAAUAUUCUCAUCAAGGAGGAAAGGGCUGACGACGAUGGCGAGGGAGACUCUGCAGAGGCUGCUGUGACACUGACACCCAUUCUCAUUGACUUCCCACAAAUGAUCUCAAUGGACCACCAGAACGCCGAGAUGUACUUUGAUCGAGAUGUGAACUGCCUCAAGCGAUUCUUCGAGAGGAGGUUUCAUUUUACGAGCACUGAGCCUGGUCCUUUCUAUAAAGAUGCGAGAAAGACCGUGGGCCAAGAUGGCGCCAGGAAGAUCGACGUUGCGGUGGAGGCUUCGGGAUUCACGAAGAAGAUGUCAAAGGACCUCGAAGCCGCCAUAAGAGAGCAGGCCGAAUCGAAAGACGAGGGUGGGGAUAAUGUGUCUGGAGACGAAGGUCUAGACUCGGAGGACGAGGCCGACACGAGUGCGGACGAGGGUGAGCCUGAUGGUGAAGCCGGCCAGGAUCCCGAGGUUCAGGGAGGAACCCUAGACGGGAAGCUGGACGGCAUGGGAAAAUUAGACAUCAAAGAUACUUCAUGA